AGAGUGGCUGAAGGCGGUGGUAACCGCCCCCUGGGUGGAGCAGCCAUGUCGGAAGGGCAGGUGCAGGGAGGUACCCGGGUGGAGGCUCCUGGACAGACAUGGGCCUCUGGUCUCCAACAGAAAUCUUACUGGAUUAUAUUACCAUUAACUGUUGGAGGAAUGGUUGGUGGCUAUUUUCUGUAUCGAAUGAUUAGGAGUAAAAUAGAAAGGAACAGCAGAGUGAACCGAGCAAUCAGCAAAGAUGUUGCCAAAGUGGUUCAUAGUUUUGAUAUAGAAGAUUUGGGUGCCAACACGGCCUUUUGCAGAUGUUGGAGAUCUUCAAAGUUCCCUUACUGUGAUGGAACUCACGAGAAGCAUAAUUUAGAAACUAGAGAUAACGUUGGACCUUUGAUCAUAACAAAACUCGCUUGAAUUACUGAAUAUUCUGGAAUCAUUCGCAGCCUUUGCAUUCGCAUUGUAAUACAGUUCUCGUUUAAAAGGUUGAAUUGAUAUAUGGUGCUUUUUAAGUUACAAGUUCAGCAUUUUCAAAUCUCAUUGCAAGGAUGAAUUAAGAAAAAAGAAUCUGUGCGGCUCUUCCCUUGAACUUAAGGUAGAUGGGCAGGAGAACAAAUAUGAAAAUUAACUGCCCUGCUGUAUACCUUCACCUCUCUCUGGUUGAACUGAACUUCUGCAGUGCUUACACAUUGUAAUGACUCAAAAGCAAAUGUGAUUGGUACCAACUUUGGAUUUUUAAAAAUUGACUUGUGGAAUCUUUUUUUUCCCCACAGCAGAUAA